GUCUAUCCCGGAGUACCAAAGGCUAUUUAGCGACAAUUUUUCAUUUGUAUUUUUUUAAGUGGUGUGCAACGAUUUUGGCAAAAAUUUCGCUACGGAUAGUCUUCUCGACUGUAGUAGGAUACAUUUUAACAGUUUCUUGCGUGGUCAUGUUAUCUUUACUUGGACCGUGGAGACUGAUUGUCUAAAGAUUAAAAAUGAAGUCGAUUUUCACAGGUCGAUAUUAUUUAUUCGAUUCCUACUUCAUUUCAUCAGUUUUUUCCCCUCUACCCUACCAUUUGUCAAAGGCACGGCAAAUUUUAUUCCGUGCGGCAAACGUAAACUAGAACUAGCCGUUCCGAGGUUAUCUAGGGUGACAUUUUUGAAAAAUUUGCGCGGUUUGCUUUGCUUGUUUUGUACUUGUUUAGUGCUAAAAAAAUGCCUCAAAUAAAAGUUGAACGAAUAAUUAGCUGCAGCAGUGAGGAUCCUGCCUAUCCAUCUGAAAAUAUAUUGUCCACAGACGCUUGCAAAAUAUGGAGAUGCAAAACACCACGAGAAAGGACGGAGAAAAGCGUAUUUGUUAUUUUACAGCUGGAAAAAGCAAGUGUUAUUACAGGAAUAGACAUAGGAAAUGAUCAUUCAGCAUAUGUAGAAGUUCUAGUGUCCAGAACGGGCAUGGACGAUGAAUACAAAUCUUUACUUGUACCUUCUUCACUAAUGAAUCCUAUGGAAUCAAGGCAGAGCCAAAAUACAAACAGGGUCCGAAUGUUCACCAAAGAUGAUUUCUCAAAACCAGAACGUGACGAAAAGUGGGAUAGAGUCAAGAUUGUUUGUCUUCAGCUCUUCAAUCAGCAUGUGCCAUUUGGUUUGUCUUUUGUAAAAUUGCAUACUUCAGAUAGUGCUGUCUCCACAGAUAACAGACCAAGAGAUGCAGCAUUGGUGAUAAGACCAAAGUCACCAGAUGUUUACAAACCAGGGUAUUUGUUCAGCAAGAGGAAAGAACUGGAUGUGGAUGAGAAACUAUCAGGUGCUGCUGCAAUCAGAGAUUCUAUGAGAAACUCAAACACAUCCUCUCCUGUUUGCAAACCAAAAUUGAAAAAUAAUGGAACACCUGUCAGAAUGAAAGGUGAUGGGAAAACUCCUGAAGACAGUCCAAAACCUAGAAAUAGAAAUGAGCUGCUGUAUAGCAAAGAUGAAGAGGAACCAAAUGAAAGAAUUGACAAACUGAUAGAAAAGAAAAUGGAGGAAAUAAAAAACAAGGAAGAGGCAGAAAUAAAAAAAGAGGAGGCAGAAAAGAAAAAGAAAGAGGAUGUACAUAAGGAAAAGGAUAUAAAAAAAGGUAGUGAAAAGAAAGACAGCCAUGAAGCUACAAGCAAGGACAAAACAAAAAAUGAUUCAGGUAGUUCGAAGAACCACCAUAACAGUACAACUGCCAGCAUCAGCAAAAAGAAUGGUGACAGUGUAAAAGAAAGAGAUAAACAUGGUGCUGCUGUGGCGAGCAAACGAAAGAGUGAGGAUACUGAUGACAGAACUAAAAAGAAAAAAGCCAAAAGUACUUUACCUAAAAAGCCAUUCCACAAAUUGUUGGAAGGUGUAGUGUUUGUUAUAAGUGGCAUUCAAAACCCUGAUAGAUCUGAGUUACGUGCUAAGGCACUGGAAAUGGGUGCAAAGUACAAAUCUGAUUGGGACAACAACAGUACUCAUCUAAUAUGUGCUUUUGUAAACACACCCAAAUUUAAUCAAGUGAAAGGUAAAGGUAAAAUUGUCAAAAGAAACUGGAUUGAAGAGUGCCAUAGUCAGAGGAAGAGACUGCCUUGGAGGAGGUUUGCCCUGGAUAAAAAUGAUAAGGGUGAUGAGAGUGAAGAGGAAAUAUUGGAAGACACUUCUUCAACAUUGGAGAGUGAUGACAGUUCAGAUGGAGAUGCCCGAGAUUGGUCCAAGGCUGUGGAUGUCAGUUUUAAUAAAGAUGAAAAAACUAAUUCAAAUAUUUAUGAUGUUGAUACUGACGAAGAAAACAUUGUACUGGUGAAAUGAUAAUUUUUCUUGUGAUAAAUGUUUAAAAAG